AUGCAUACAGACCCGCAGCCGCGACUGCAUACUUCGGGGGUGACUUUCGUGCAGCCCGCGAAGCACAUCAAGCCAAUCCAAUUCGAUUGCUCUGCAGUCGAAAAUCUAUGUGCGCGAGUCCAUCACUCCGUCGCUCUGUUCUUCCCGAUCCGCAGCAGCGCAAAUGUCGAGCAAAUUUUCUACGACCUCAAACAAGGCUUGAGCCUUACGAUGAAUGAGCACCCCAUCAUCACUGGAACGCUUCGACAAGGCGAUCGUGAUGAGUUCAGCGUGGAGAUCCCACCAGCGCCGCAUGCUGGUGCCUACUUUCACUUCAGUGACACGAGCAACGACGCAGGAUUUCCUUCUUUCGGCGAGCUACAGGAGUGCGGGUUUCCGUAUGUGGAUGGAGACCUUGAUGGCCUCAAGGAGUUCCGUCCAGACCCCUUUCCUACGAGCGAAGACGGCCAACCGACGUUUGUGACCAAAAUCUGCCAUGUUCGCGGCGGCAUCGUCUGGAGCGGCUCAAUCUCUCAUCUCAUCAGCGAUCUGGGGCUGGGCACCGCAGUCAUGAUAAGCUGGGCCAAAUACACGAAAAAGGUCACCGAAGCAGCCGGAAAACCUUUAGCGAUUCCCAGACAGUUGCCAUGGCCCGACCGAAAGCGACUCCUGCCUGAUGUCGAAAGUCUGCUCCAGAUAGAAGAGAUUGGAGCUCUAAACAAAAACUUGAAACCCUACACCGUGCUCGAUCCUACAGAUCCAGACAAGAUGGUUAGCGACAUGGGGAACGUUUUUGUCAAGGCACAUGUCACCGAGGCAAACCCCGACCAGCUCGAGUAUUUCUUAGAGCCAACGUCGGGCAUCUGGAGAUUUACGCCCUCCAAGCUCCAAGCCUUAACAGACGCCGUCAGACGCGUGGACCCCGGCGUAAAGCUAUCCAAUUUCGACAUUGUGACGGCAUUCAUCUGGCAGAGGUUCUCCAUGGCCAAAAGAGGCAACAGUCCCGGGAAUGAGCCCCAGACUGCGCAGAUCGUGACAGCGAUUGACGUUCGCCGCAAGCUGAGCCCACCCUUGCCCGCGACGUACCUUGGCGCUUGUGUGGAUCUAGUCAGGGUGUGCGCAGAUCGCGAGGUGCUAGUGCCCCACCAGGAUCCAUGGAAGGGAAUCUCGGGAAUCGCAAAAAGAGUUCGGGAGUUCGGUACAGCCUGGAACGAAACAGACUACAUGGAAAUGCUGAAGGUUUCUCUCCGCACUCCAAUGUGCCCGGGCCUAAUUCCUAGAGGUCCAAUCGAUAUGCUGGUAACUGAGCAUUCCAUGUUCGGUCUGGGCUUGCGGGCUGAUUGGGGAGGUGAGCUUGGGCGGAGCGUCGCGUUUCGUGAGCCAUACAUUUCGCGCGAAACGCCGCAAGGCGAGGUUAUCAUUCUCCCAACACAGCCCAAUGGCGACCUGGACGUCAUUGUUAGUGCUGAAGAGAUCGUCCUUGAGCGACUCAUGGCAGACGUCGAGAUGUCGAUGGUGUGCAAGAAUGUCUGCGUGCGACACAAUGUGCUAGAGUCGUUUGCGUCAAUGGCGACGAAGAAAGCAAAACUUUGAACAUGCUCAGUACUGGCAUUUCUUUUGACCAAAUUUUGGGUAGCAGGCUAUCUCAUGGUGUGUAGCGAUUUAAGCUUAUGUUUGUAUGUUUUAGUUUUCGCGGAGGAGUGUUGGAAAUUACUGUAGUACUUACUUCUACCUAUCAACCAACACAGCCCUGCAAAUACCCAGGGCC